UCCAUCUGUGGCUGUCAACGGCAAUUCAUCUCAACAAAAGUAAACAAAAAAAAAAGAGGAAAUUCUGGCUGAUAAUUAUCUUAUCAUUUGACAACACCAUGUAGGCAAAUUAUGACUUGGCUGCAUGACCGCAACUCAGAAGAGCCUCUUCAGAAUCUGUGGCCCUCAUGAACUGAACUCUGCCAAACUUAAAACAGCUCUGGAAUGUGUCUGAAGCUCUUCACCCAGUGGACAGCGUUCUUCUACAGAGAAGACACACCUCUUACCAAAAACAACAGGUGAAUUUCUAACCAGGAAACUGACAGACAACAAAAGAAACAAUGAACAUCACAGUCACACCACUAGUCACAACCGCAAACUCAACCCAAGUGUGUGUCAAUAUUGGAAAGAGCACCACCAGUGACUUCCUGAUGUCUGUUUACAUCCUAGCUUUUAUCUUUGGUUUGAUCUUCAAUGUGCUGACCUUGGGACCCAUUUGGCAACAAGUGCGGCGGCAAAACAUUCUGGGCAUCUUCCUGCUCAGCCUGUCCCUCUCUGAUAUGCUUUUCCUCUUCACUAUGCCUCUUUGGAUCAAUUACUACCAGCAAGACCACCACUGGCAGCUAGGUGUAACAUCCUGCAGUGUUGCUGGCUUCUUCUACUACUCCAACAUGUAUAUUAGCAUUUACCUGCUCUGCUGUAUCUCCGUGGACCGCUGCCUGGUGGUCACCUACCCACUCCACUCCAAGACCUACCGUACAUCACGCUACGCCUGGGCACAGUGUGCCACUGUUUACAUUGUAGCGGUGGUGCUGCACAUCAUGGUGCUGUACUAUGACAACCUUACAGAUGCUCAUGAUGACAUAAACAACAAUGACCGUUGUUAUGAGACUUACCCAAUGCAGAAGCCUGUUGCCUUGUUCAACAUGAUCAGAGUGGUUAUGGGCUUCCUGCUCCCUCUGCUGGUGUUGGCGGUGUGCUAUUGGAGGGUGCUGGCCACUGUGGGCCAGAGUCCCGGCCUGAGUGCCCAGGCUAAGAGAAAGGUCCGUCUACUGUCCUUUGGGGUGAUUGGGAUCUUCUCAUUUUGCUUUGCCCCAUAUCACAUCAUCCUACUUACACGCUCGCUAGUCUUCUACCACAGCGACAACACAUUUCCUGAAGGAUAUUACUGCCAGUUUGAACAAAAGAUGCACUCCUUCUUCUCAUGUAUGCUGGCACUCUCCAGUCUGAACUGUGUGGUGGACCCUGUGCUGUAUGUGCUGAUUAGUAAGUCCAGGAGGAGGUGAAACUGUGCUGGAGGCUUCAAAGGACACAGGCAG